AUGGCCACUCCUUCAGAUGCCACCAUCAGCCUGGUGAACGGCGGGAACCGCUGCGAGGGUCGCGUGGAGAUUUCCCACUCUGGGGGCCGGGGCACUGUCUGUGACGAUGGCUGGGACCUGAAUGAUGCCCAGGUGGUGUGCAGGCAGCUGGGAUGUGGAGCUGCUGUUUCUGCAACAUCAGGGGCCUCCUUUGGACAAGGCAAUGGCAGCAUCUACCUGGACGAUGUGAACUGUGCAGGAUCAGAAUCGUCCCUCUUCCAGUGCAGCCACAAUGGCUGGGGCAGCCACAAUUGUGGCCACCAUGAAGAUGCUGGUGUUGUGUGCUCAGGCAGGCAUGGAUCUUCCAUCAGCCUGGUGAACGGCGGGAGCCGCUGCGAGGGUCGCGUGGAGAUUUCCCACUCUGGGGGCCGGGGCACUGUCUGUGACGAUGGCUGGGACCUGAAUGAUGCCCAGGUGGUGUGCAGGCAGCUGGGAUGUGGACCUGCAGUUUCUGCAACAUCAGGGGCCUCCUUUGGACAAGGCAAUGGCAGGAUCUACCUGGACGAUGUGAACUGCACAGGAUGGGAGUUGUCCCUCUUCCAGUGCAGCCACCGUGGCUGGGGCAGCCACAAUUGUGGCCACCAUGAAGAUGCUGGUGUUGUGUGCUCAGGUAACACUGCUUUGACUGCACCACCUGUCAAGAAGAGGUGCCUUUGUGCUAGAGGAUCUGUAUGUCCUUCUUUCCCAGAUGCCUCCACCAUCAGCCUGGUGAACGGCAGGAACCGCUGCGAGGGUCGCGUGGAGAUUUCCCACUCUGGGGGCCGGGGCACUGUCUGUGACGAUGGCUGGGACCUGAAUGAUGCCCAGGUGGUGUGCAGGCAGCUGGGAUGUGGAGCUGCUGUUUCUGCAACAUCAGGGGCCUCCUUUGGACAAGGCAAUGGCAGCAUCUACCUGGACGAUGUGAACUGUGCAGGAUCAGAAUCGUCCCUCUUCCAGUGCAGCCACAAUGGCUGGGGCAGCCACAAUUGUGGCCACCAUGAAGAUGCUGGUGUUGUGUGCUCAGGUGCUGAAAGCUCAACUACAGACAGCCCCACCAUCUCCAUUCCUUCAGAGGCUCUUCCCACGUUUUCCACACCUCCUUCUUUCCCAGAUGCCACCAUCAGCCUGGUGAACGGCGGGAGCCGCUGCGAGGGUCGCGUGGAGAUUUCCCACUCUGGGGGCCGGGGCACUGUCUGUGACGAUGGCUGGGACCUGAAUGAUGCCCAGGUGGUGUGCAGGCAGCUGGGAUGUGGAGCUGCUGUUUCUGCAACAUCUGGGGCCUCCUUUGGACAAGGCAAUGGCAGCAUCUACCUGGACGAUGUGAACUGUGCAGGAUCAGAAUCGUCCCUCUUCCAGUGCAGCCACCGUGGCUGGGGCAGCCACAAUUGUGGCCACCAUGAAGAUGCUGGUGUUGUGUGCUCAGGAUCUGUAUGUCCUUCUUUCCCAGAUGCCACCAUCAGCCUGGUGAACGGCGGGAGCCGCUGCGAGGGUCGCGUGGAGAUUUCCCACUCUGGGGGCCGGGGCACUGUCUGUGAUGAUGGCUGGGACCUGAAUGAUGCCCAGGUGGUGUGCAGGCAGCUGGGAUGUGGAGCUGCUGUUUCUGCAACAUCAGGGGCCUCCUUUGGACAAGGCAAUGGCAGCAUCUACCUGGAUGAUGUGAACUGUGCAGGAUCAGAAUCGUCCCUCUUCCAGUGCAGCCACCGUGGCUGGGGCAGCCACAAUUGUGGCCACCAUGAAGAUGCUGGUGUUGUGUGCUCAGGUAACACUGCUUUGACUGCCUGCAUGCUGGGACUCUUUCAGGAAGUGUCCCCUCUUGGCUGGACAUGGGUGUGUGCUCUUCCCACGUUUUCCACACCUCCUUCUUUCCCAGAUGCCACCAUCAGCCUGGUGAACGGCGGGAGCCGCUGCGAGGGUCGCGUGGAGAUUUCCCACUCUGGGGGCCGGGGCACUGUCUGUGACGAUGGCUGGGACCUGAAUGAUGCCCAGGUGGUGUGCAGGCAGCUGGGAUGUGGAGCUGCUGUUUCUGCAACAUCAGGGGCCUCCUUUGGACAAGGCAAUGGCAGCAUCUACCUGGACGAUGUGAACUGUGCAGGAUCAGAAUCGUCCCUCUUCCAAUGCAGCCACCGUGGCUGGGGCAGCCACAAUUGUGGCCACCAUGAAGAUGCUGGUGUUGUGUGCUCAGGUAACGCUGCUUUGACUGCCUGCAUCCUGGUGAACGGCGGGAGCCGCUGCGAGGGUCGCGUGGAGAUUUCCCACUCUGGGGGCCGGGGCACUGUCUGUGACGAUGGCUGGGACCUGAAUGAUGCCCAGGUGGUGUGCAGGCAGCUGGGAUGUGGAGCUGCUGUUUCUGCAACAUCAGGGGCCUCCUUUGGACAAGGCAAUGGCAGCAUCUACCUGGACGAUGUGAACUGUGCAGGAUCAGAAUCGUCCCUCUUCCAGUGCAGCCACCGUGGCUGGGGCAGCCACAAUUGUGGCCACCAUGAAGAUGCUGGUGUUGUGUGCUCAGGUGCUGAAAGCUCAACUACAGACAGCCCCACCAUCUCCAUUCCUUCAGAUGCCACCAUCAGCCUGGUGAACGGCGGGAGCCGCUGCGAGGGUCGCGUGGAGAUUUCCCACUCUGGGGGCCGGGGCACUGUCUGUGACGAUGGCUGGGACCUGAAUGAUGCCCAGGUGGUGUGCAGGCAGCUGGGAUGUGGAGCUGCUGUUUCUGCAACAUCAGGGGCCUCCUUUGGACAAGGCAAUGGCAGCAUCUACCUGGACGAUGUGAACUGUGCAGGAUCAGAAUCGUCCCUCUUCCAGUGCAGCCACCGUGGCUGGGGCAGCCACAAUUGUGGCCACCAUGAAGAUGCUGGUGUUGUGUGCUCAGAUGCUGAAAGCACAACUACAGACAGCCCCACCAUCUCCGUUCCUCCAUCCCUUCUGUGCUUGCCAACCUACAUGUAUGCAGUGGUAGACAGGCACUAUCUCCAGUCCCAGGGCUACUCAGUGGAGACCAUCAGCCUGGCAGACCCUGAGUGUAGACCAAAAAUUACAUCAACUGAGGUUAUAUUCAACAUUUCAUACAGCCGCUGUGGUACAAGUAGACAGGGUGACAACGAAACAAUCACCUACUCCAACGUGAUUAAAGUACCUGCUCCUGGCAAAGUCAUCAAGAGGCAAAAGGACCUUCACUUGCACAUCAGCUGCAAAAUGCUGCAGAACACCUGGGUUCAGGUCAUGUACAUUGCUGACGAUGUCAUUGAUGUCAACAAAACCCAGUAUGGCAGAUACGAUGUGAGCCUGACGUUCUACAACUCCUCAUCUUUCCAGUGGCCAGUGCAUGACUUCCCUUACUAUGUUGACAUGAAUCAGAAUUUGUUCCUCCAAGCUUCUCUUCACAGCUCUGACCAAAAUCUGACCGUGUUUGUGGACACCUGCGUGGCAUCGCCUAAUUCUAGUGAUUUUAGAACACUGGUCUAUGAAUUGAGCAAGAGUGGGUGUGCUAGUGACUCUACCUACUCUCUCUUCCCCUCGCCACGGAGCGACGUCGCUCGCUUUGGGUUUAACGCCUUCUCGUUCGCCAACCGAUUCCCGUCGGUGUUCCUGCGCUGUGAGCUGCUGGUGUGCAGGUACCACGACUUCCCCUCCCGCUGCUACCAAGGCUGUGUUAGCAGGGUCAAGAGGAAUGCAGAUUCUUCCCACGAGCAAGUGAAUGUUGUUGUUGGACCCGUGCAACUUCGGGAAGCUCACGCUGAGAGCAGGAACAUUGCUCCCUACGUCCAUCUGGUGAACGGAAGGCACCGGUGUGAAGGUCGCGUUGAGAUCUACUACCGGGGACAGUCGGGGACAGUUUGUGAUGACUUCUGGGACCUCGCUGACGCCCAGGUUGUGUGCAGGCAGCUGGGGUGUGGCAGGGCCAUUGCAGCUCUGGGAAGUGCCUACUUCGGGCAAGGCUCAGGUGACAUCGUGCUGGACAACGUGAGGUGCAGCGGAAAUGAGGCGUCCUUGCUGCGCUGCGACCACACGGGGUGGAGGAUCCACAACUGUGGCCACUAUGAAGAUGCUUCUGUUGUCUGUUCAGAGGAGUCUGAUUCAAAACAAGCAGAGCCAACAACAACGUAUGCAACAGAUUCAGCACUGGAGACAACCUCCAUAGGAGGGACAACACCCACAGAAUCAACGAUGUCUCUAGGAGAGACAUCGAUGCCAGCAUCAACAGUCUUCACAGAGGAGAUGACAUCCCCAUGGAAGAUGGCCACAACUGGAUUAACAACCAACACAGAGGAGGAGACAACCUCAUGGCAGACAACCUCCAUGCUGCUACCAACCUCCAGUGCAGAGACAACCUUCCUAGCGGAGAUGUCCAGCACAGUGCCAAUGACAACCCUAGCAGUCACACCCAACCCAUGGCAAACAACCAUGAGAGAGAUGUCCACUUUACCAGAGACAGAAGUGUCAUCCUCUGCCCUACCGCUGCUGUACUCACUGCCUGAUAUCAUCAACCCAGUGGAGGAGAGCACAACAGGGCCCAGCGUGCGGCUGUCGGGCGGCAGGAACGGCUGCGAGGGCCGCGUGGAGCUGUACGACGGCAGCACCUGGGGCACGGUGUGUGACGACCAGUGGGACCUGCAGGAUGCCCAGGUGGUGUGCCAGCAGCUGGGCUGUGGAGAGGCCCUGGCUGCUCUGGACACUGCUCACUUUGGCCCGGGCUCCGGCCACAUCUUCCUGGACGAUGUGCAGUGCCGUGGGGAAGAGCCCUCCCUCCAGAUGUGCCGGCACAGCGGCUGGGGCGUGCACAACUGCAGGCAUGUAGAGGAUGCCAGUGUCAUCUGUGCAGGGCCCAGCGUGCGGCUGUCGGGCGGCAGGAACGGCUGCGAGGGCCGCGUGGAGCUGUACGACGGCAGCACCUGGGGCACGGUGUGUGAUGACCAGUGGGACCUGCGGGAUGCCCGGGUGGUGUGCCAGCAGCUGGGCUGUGGAGAGCCCCUGGAUGCCCCACAAAAUGCACACUUUGGCCCGGGCUCUGGCCACAUCUUCCUGGACGACGUGCAGUGCCGCGGGGACGAACCCUCCCUCCAGAUGUGCCGGCACAGCGGCUGGGGUGUGCACAACUGCGGGCAUGUGGAGGAUGCCAGUGUCAUCUGUGCAGGUGUGUGGCCUUUUGCACACACCCUAAGGCCCAGCGUGCGGCUGUCGGGCGGCAGGAACGGCUGCGAGGGCCGCGUGGAGCUGUACGACGGCAGCACCUGGGGCACGGUGUGUGACGACCAGUGGGACCUGCGGGAUGCCCGGGUGGUGUGCCAGCAGCUGGGCUGUGGCCAGCCCCUGGGAGCCCCACGCAACGCUCGCUUUGGCCCGGGCUCUGGCCGCAUCUUCCUGGAUGACGUGCAGUGCCGUGGGGACGAACCCUCCCUCCAGAUGUGCCGGCACAGCGGCUGGGGCGUGCACAACUGCGGGCAUGUGGAGGAUGCCAGUGUCAUCUGUGCAGGUGGGUGGCCCAGCGUGCGGCUGUCGGGCGGCAGGAACGGCUGCGAGGGCCGCGUGGAGCUGUACGACGGCAGCACCUGGGGCACGGUGUGUGACGACCAGUGGGACCUGCGGGAUGCCCGGGUGGUGUGCCAGCAGCUGGGCUGUGGCCAGCCCCUGGGAGCCCCAGGCAACGCUCGCUUUGGCCCGGGCUCUGGCCGCAUCUUCCUGGAUGACGUGCAGUGCCGUGGGGAUGAGCCCUCCCUCCAGAUGUGCCGGCACAGCGGCUGGGGCGUGCACAACUGCAGGCACAUAGAGGAUGCCAGUGUCAUCUGUGCAGGGACACAAACCAAUGCCUUGUGCCGUGUGGCAGGGCCCAGCGUGCGGCUGUCGGGCGGCAGGAACGGCUGCGAGGGCCGCGUGGAGCUGUACGACGGCAGCACCUGGGGCACGGUGUGUGACGACCAGUGGGACCUGCAGGAUGCCCGGGUGGUGUGCCAGCAGCUGGGCUGUGGCCAGCCCCUGGGAGCCCCAGACAAUGCUCACUUUGGCCCGGGCUCUGGCCGCAUCUUCCUGGACGACGUGCAGUGCCGUGGGGACGAGCCCUCCCUCCAGAUGUGCCGGCACAGCGGCUGGGGCGUGCACAACUGCGGGCAUGUGGAGGACGCCAGUGUCAUCUGUGCAGGGCCCAGCGUGCGGCUGUCGGGCGGCAGGAACGGCUGCGAGGGCCGCGUGGAGCUGUACGAUGGCAGCACCUGGGGCACGGUGUGUGACGACCAGUGGGACCUGCGGGAUGCCCGGGUGGUGUGCCAGCAGCUGGGCUGUGGCCAGCCCCUGGGAGCCCCAGGCAACGCUCACUUUGGCCCGGGCUCCGGCCACAUCUUCCUGGACGACGUGCAGUGCCGCGGGGACGAGCCCUCCCUCCAGAUGUGCCGGCACAGCGGCUGGGGCGUGCACAACUGCGGGCACGUGGAGGAUGCCAGUGUCAUCUGUGCAGGGCCCAGCGUGCGGCUGUCGGGCGGCAGGAAUGGCUGCGAGGGCCGCGUGGAGCUGUACGACGGCAGCACCUGGGGCACGGUGUGUGAUGACCAGUGGGACCUGCAGGAUGCCCGGGUGGUGUGCCAGCAGCUGGGCUGUGGCCAGCCCCUGGGAGCCCCAGGCAACGCUCGCUUUGGCCCGGGCUCCGGCCACAUCUUCCUGGACGACGUGCAGUGCCGCGGGGACGAGCCCUCCCUCCAGAUGUGCCGGCACAGUGGCUGGGGCGUGCACAACUGCGGGCACGUGGAGGAUGCCAGUGUCAUCUGUGCAGGUGAAUGGCCAGCACCAGGGCCCAGCGUGCGGCUGUCGGGCGGCAGGAACGGCUGCGAGGGCCGCGUGGAGCUGUACGACGGCAGCACCUGGGGCACGGUGUGUGACGACCAGUGGGACCUGCGGGAUGCCCGGGUGGUGUGCCAGCAGCUGGGCUGUGGCCAGCCCCUGGGAGCCCCAGGCAACGCUCGCUUUGGCCCGGGCUCUGGCCGCAUCUUCCUGGAUGACGUGCAGUGCCGCGGGGACGAGCCCUCCCUCCAGAUGUGCCGGCACAGCGGCUGGGGCGUGCACAACUGCGGGCUAGAGGAUGCCAGUGUCAUCUGUGCAGGGCCCAGCGUGCGGCUGUCGGGCGGCAGGAACGGCUGCGAGGGCCGCGUGGAGCUGUACGACGGCAGCACCUGGGGCACGGUGUGUGACGACCAGUGGGACCUGCGGGAUGCCCGGGUGGUGUGCCAGCAGCUGGGCUGUGGCCAGCCCCUGGGAGCCCCAGGCAACGCUCGCUUUGGCCCGGGCUCUGGCCGCAUCUUCCUGGAUGACGUGCAGUGCCGCGGGGAUGAGCCCUCCCUCCAGAUGUGCCGGCACAGCGGCUGGGGCGUGCACAACUGUGGGCAUGUGGAGGAUGCCAGUGUCAUCUGUGCAGGUGACCACUUAAAUUCUUUCCCAUUUCUUUCUGCAGCACCUUAUUUUUGUGGUGGCUCAGUCUCAGAUCCCUCUGGGGUGCUGCAGAGUCCCAACUAUCCUGGAAAUUAUCCAAACGACGCUGACUGCACGUGGGAAAUACAAGUGGAGAACAAUUUCCGUGUAACGCUCACAUUUAGAGAUAUUGUGAUGCAAAGCGGGACGUGCCAACACGACUACAUUGAAGUCUAUGAUGGACCUCUCCACUCUUCCCCUCUUCUUGGGAGAUUCUGUUCUGGUUCCUUUCCCACAUACGUGUCCUCUUCAAACAUGAUGUGUGUUCGCUUCCACAGCGAUUCCAGAUACUCCUUCAGAGGCUUCCAGGCUCACUACUCCUCCAUUCCAGCAGGUCACAACACCAGUAAGUUCCUGGCCAAUGUUUCCCAACAGACAAGCCUAUUUAUUGCUUUUGUGUGCAGAAUAAAUAUCUGUAAAAAACCUGCCUCUAAUCAUGACCAAAUACCUAAAGUCACAAAUAUAUUGUACCUUCCUCUUCCACCAGCCAUUCAGUGCUUGCCAGACUACAUGCACGUAGUGGUCAGCAGAGACUACCUCCAGUCUCAGGGCUACUCAGCACAGAGGGUUACCCUGAAGGACAGUCGCUGCAGACCCACAGUCACCUCACAGGAGGUGGUAUUCAACAUUCCCUACAACGGCUGUGGGACCAUGCAAGAGGAGAACAACGACACAAUCAACUACUCCAACACCAUCAGGGUCGCAUCUUCCGGGUACAUAAUCAGGAGGAAGAAGAACAUCAACUUGCACGUCAGCUGCAAAAUGCUGAGGAAGAGCUGGCAGCAGGUGGUGUACGCUGCUGAGGACACCGUGGAUGUGGACGAGUACCAGUUUGGAAGAUACAAGAUGAACAUCACCUUCUACGAGUCCCCGGCGUUCCGGCGCCAAGUGCGCGGCUCCCCCUACUACAUUGACCUCAACCAAAACCUCUACCUGCAAGCCUGUCUUCACAGCUCGGACCCAAACCUGAAGGUGGUUGUGGACACGUGUGUGGCAUCACCUGACCCUCGUGAUUUUAACACGCUGGCCUAUUACUUAGUCAGGAACAGGUGUCCUAGAGAUUCUUCCUAUGCCACCUACUACUCCCCUUCUGGCCACUUUGCUCGGUUCAAGUUUAACGCCUUCGAGUUCAUGAGCCGGCACCCGUUGGUGUACCUCAAGUGCCAGAUGCUGGUCUGCAGGCUCGGGGACUACUCCUCCCGCUGCUACCAGGGCUGCAGCUCCAGGGCCAAGAGAGACACCAGCCCUGCUGAGGAACAAGUGGAUGUGGUGGUUGGGCCCCUUCAGCUCCGAGGAGGGGAUGCUCCCAGUGGGAGCACCGGGAAAGGCGAAUAA